AUGCUCACGUGUAAAGAUUGUAAUCAGGAGUUCAGGAGUACUAAUGAUCGAGCUAAACACAUGAAAGGAGUACAUAGAAAGGAGAAGCGCCAGUGCGGAUAUCAAGGAUGCAAGAAGGCUUAUUCCGCCACGUCAAGUCUUCGGAAACACGUAGAAAAGGUGCAUGGUACAGAGGUGUGGGAAAUAUUCAAGAAGAAGGAUUGUGGCUCAAAAGAUCGAGAAAGCAGCCACGGCCCUGACUCUGGAGGACAUUUACCGGAAAAUCCGGGCUUGACGGAGACGGUUGAAAUGUACGAUCCAAGCUAUGAGCUUAAUCGAGAAGGGGAGUCGAAUGUGGCAAAUGCAAAUGAGGGGCCGAUCAACGGGCCUGAGCUCAGCGGAUAUCUCACUGCCGAUGUCGAAAAGGAAGGAAGUUUGUUGCAAGAUGAUUUCGGAUAUCGAAACAUCUACACAAUGGCUCCAAGUUUUGGCCGAGCUACGACGAGCAUCGUGGCGAGUGAUGGUUCAAGGAUUGCUGAAGGAAAUACUGUCAAUAAACCUUUGCCAAUAAACCUCGAACCACCGCCAUCCGUGCAAUGUCUGAGUGAUUCAGUCUUCCUACCCGCCAAAACACUACCGGCAGCCGCUCGUGCUGAGAAUUCUUCUACGGUUACAAUUUGGGAUCGACCAACGACAUCUCGCGAUGACUCUGCAUCACAGUUAAUGGCAUCAACUCGUGAAGAAGAUGGAGAAGAUGAUAUCAUGUUUGUGGAUUCAACCAAAAGGAAUAAACCCGAGGAGAGAGCAAACUUUGUCCAAGAAGAGGAUGAUGGGUGCAUCAUUGAAGAUAUCGUGCCACGAUCAAGUUCUCAAGGAGGAAGAAAAAGAAAAAUUCAAUGUCCAAAAUGCUCAAAGAAAUUUUUCACAAGAGGAAGCUGCGACGAACAUCUGAGAGAAGACCAUCGAGCUGAUAAAGGAAGUCAAACGUCGGUGAAAGGGACCUACGGCCUGCCAUACGAUGAAAGUAGAAACUUUUACAUUUGUGUCAUGUGUUCGAUUAUCUACGAGGACCCGAAGUUUUUCCAAAAACACAUGAGUGAAACACAUGAAAACUGUCCUCCCAUUGUGUGUCCAUUGUGUCCUUGUGUGGGAUUCAAUAAGAAAGGCUCGGAAGCACAUUGGGAGUUACAUCAGAGAUAUGCAAAAGCAUCUGGAGUUCCCAACAUGUGUGUCGAACAUAAUGUUGUGUUUGGAAAAAACAUCGAGUUGAUGUUUCACGCCAAUUGGAAGCACGAUGCCAAACUCUUGUUCUUCUGUAAAAAAUGUUUCUUGGCCUCCAUGAAUGGGGCUACGAUCGUACGUCAUUUCAAAACUUGCAAAACCGUGAAAAGACCAAAUGAAACCUUCCCAGCGUCGACAAAUCUCGAAGGAGAACAAGCGUUGGGGGUCAUUUCGGUAAACACUGUCAACUUUCAACCGGCUGAUGAAAAGGCAUGGAUACAGCGUCUUGCUUCCCCAAAUCCACCUUCGACCGCCGUUCCCUCCCAAUGUAAUCACAAAACGCUGGUCGCCGACAAAUAUCCAUCUGUUUUAUGUUCGAAUAAAAAUUGCAAUACUUGGUACCUUCAACCAGCUUACACGGGCACAUUCGAGGAUCAGGCCGAGAAAGUCGAAGAGUUGAUGGCAAGAGAGAGAACUAUCCUUCAAAGCCCCUGGUUAAUCUUGAAUAGAACCAUGGAGAUGCCGAAUCCACAAAAUCUGCCGUUCUAUGUUCGGUUGAAAGCGGCAUACGGUGCAUCAACCAUCGGACUUCCUUUUCGGCCCCCACUUUUCAGGCUCUCCGGCUCAAACGUCCACAGUGUCGAAGAGAGUUUACGGUUUUCGCCGUACCAAAUCUUGAGUACACCUCAAGACCAACAAGUCCCAACUGUGAAACGCUCUAGAGUACAAGGCAAUCGAUUACAACGAGUGCAGACCACUCUACACUCAGGAAUUGUGAAAAAAAUG